AUGAUCUACAUUUCAAAAGGAUUCAAACCGCUAGUAGCCCUAGCUCCCAACUCCCCUAAUGAUCCAGAUAUUCAAAUCAUUGAUAUCACUCAAGGAAAACAUACAAUACAACUCAUCAAUAUCUACAAUGAAGCGGACCAAGCCAAAGAAAAAGGCCACACCAUCGAAAGAUGCCUUUACAAUACCCCUCUUACUCAUCACACCAUCCUCGUAGGAGAUUUCAACUCCCAUCACCCUUGGUGGGACCCCUUCUCUAACAAAAGCUCAAAUGCCGACCUACUUACCGAAUGGUUUGAGGAUCACAAUCUCAUUCUAUUUAACGAACCAGGCACGAGCACCUUUUAUCGAACAAAUAUGACAAAUCCAAGUGUCUUAGACCUUACUUUAGCCACAGAUUCAGUAUCUCCCUAUAUCACUGAUUGGCAAGUCCUCCCGGAUCUUGGAUCAGAUCACUUAAGCAUUCUCUUUGAAGUAAAGGGCACUUUAUCCCGUACAACGAAUAUAGCUCAGCCAGCAAGAUUCAAUACAAAACUUGCGGAUUGGGAAAAAUUCGCGAAUACCCUCAAAUCGAAAAUAUCGAUAUCAACUACCUUAAAUUCGAGUGAAUACCUUAAUAUCGCUACCUCAGAAUCCAACUCUCUUGAUUCCCUUCUCGACAAGAGCCAAUACAUACAAGUAUUGGAUGAAGCUGCAAAAGAAUUCACCCGAAUAAUCACUUAUUCGGCUGAAACCAGUAUACCGAGAAUCAAGUCCACAAAAAGAGCUAAACCCUGGUGGUCCCCAGAGCUGAAAGCCCUUCGAAAACGACUCUCUAAUGCAUUUGAGAACGUCAAGAUUUACCCGGAAGACGAUAUGUUCAAGAAAAUCUACCAGUCAGCCAGGAAUCAUUACUUCCAAGCUAUUAAAACAGCAAAGAAAAACCAUUGGAAUGAGUUCCUUGAAAAAGAGGAUACCCAAUCCAUAUUCAAGGCAAUGUCAUACACAAAAGAUAUACAAACCGAACGAAUCCCGAAUAUUCGAUCCAAUCCCUCUAAACUAGAAAAUUCUUUCGAGGGAAAAUGCUCUGCAUUUAGAUCGACCCUAUUUCCUCCUCCUCCAUUCACCCCACCGCCCAAUUGGGAAAGCUAUAAACAAUCUAAGAAAUGGGAAUGGCCUGAUCUCACAGAGAGCGAACUCCUAAACGCGUGCUCUGCAAAAAUCAAAGGAAAGACCCCUGGCCCCGAUGGGAUCACUCAAGAUAUCAUUAUUCAAGCGUACAAAGCAAUACCAAAAGCAUUUCUUCACCCUCUUCAGUCAUCUUAUCAACCUUGGUUACCAUCCUUCUUGCUGGAAACAAGCCACUAG